AUGUCCCUUCGGUCUCUUAAUAUGGCACAACCGCGAAGCGAUAUAUACCCAUCUUCUCAUUUCAUUGACGGUCGGGGUAAGCAGGCCACAGAGCCUGCAGCUCAGUAUAAAGACCCUCCCAAUACCCCAAUACCCCGAGCUGUACAGUCGAUCGCACCCGAUGCUGAUCAGUUAGAGCAACUGCUUGUCAGGCUUAUCGACGGGGUACAUCCUUUUGAUCCAUCUUGUUGUCUGCGGUCGACACCAAAAAACACAUCUGAUGAGUAUGUUAUUACGACCAAAAUAUGA